AUGAAUGGAGCGAAUAUGUUCAUCAAUCUUGAUUAUUCUCAAAUGCCCAGCUUGGCGCCUCCACCGGGGAUAACGCCCAACUUUAUCGACCCACCGACGAUGGCUCCGACUUCUAGAAUACUCACAGGCUUGACGCUAGCAAUCAUGUACUGCUUUUUAACUUUGCGGGUUUAUACUCGAGUGUGGGUAACAUGCAACUUUGGGAUAGAAGACUCUAUAAGACCUCUGCCUCAUCUCAGCGGUACCACUUGUUACUGUUCUCUUAUACUUAAGGCUUUUGAUAACAUGAUGGGCCGCCAUCAAUGGGACAUACCGGUGUCUGAAUUUCAUCAGAGGGUUGUUCUGAAAUAUAGCUUUGCACCAAGCUACGUUUAUUCGACUGCCGCGGUCUUCAUCAAGGCGACACUUCUGAUAUUUUAUCUUCGUAUUUUUAACCCGGUGAAGGGUGCUAGGAUCCUCAUUUGGGCAACGCUAGCUGUAGUGAUACUCUUUUAUUUGAUCAUCGUCAUAACAAUCCAGGUCACCUGCAACGGAUACACUCCAACAGCGCAGAUGUUCAACACCGAUGCCGAAGUCGAUUGUUUAGUACCGCAGGAACCUCUUUGGAUUACCACGAGUGUAUUUAGCGCUGUCACGGAUUUAUAUUUACUUGCGAUACCCGUGGCUUUUACUCUUAAACUCCGACUCCCAUCGAAACGGAAGAUUGGCGUGUGCUGUAUUUUCCUUACGGGAUUGAUAGCUUGUAUAUUUUCUCUUCUUUGCGCGGUGUAUCGCGUGAAGGCGAUACGAUCUCUUGAUAUCACUUGGUUUGGACACUUGGUAUCUGCGUUCGCAGCGGCCGAGCUUAACGUAGGGAUUUCCUGUAGCUGUAUGCCGAUAGUCUUCGUCCCAUUCCGCAGGUUGACUCGAACCACCCUGCGGGAUUCCUUACUCAAACUCAUUUCGACUUAUCGAAAGCACAAUCAUAGGGAAUUCCCACAUGAUCCUAACGAUUCUGAGAUGAUGAUACAAUUAGAGCAGCUGCCGCAAAUACCUGAAAGUUCGUGGACGGGGUUAAGGUCUUGGGUACGCAAGGCGCACCUUUCUCAGUCCGGACGAGUAAACGAUGUCUUUACUUACAGGGAAAUCGCCUCAGUCGAUAUAGAUUAUCAUGAUCAUCUGAGGAAAGAGUCUCGCGACGCCCGACCACUUCAACACAUCCCGGCCGAGAUACUUCAAAAGCCGCAGAGAGCUUUGACAAGUAGGACAUAA